AUAGUUGAAACUAUUCUCUUCACCCGCACAGUAUUCCCAAGAUAGUGUCACUCAGCAUUAUUUACUUUCCACCGCUUACGGAUCCAGCAAAGUAUCUAAAUAACGAUUAAAAAUUACACACAACAAAUACAGCGAGAAUAAUACGCUAACAAAGAUAUUAUAAACGAUAUAAAACUGAAACGUGGGCGCCACAGGUGAUCUACAUCGAUCGACGGGACGACUUGCUACAGUUCGGAGAUUGCAGAGGGUGUAGGCUGUGAAUUUUUGAAGAGUUUUUGAAAACAACUAUAGAUAUACCCGUACAUUGAGAAUGGCGCCAACGAUUUGUCUACCGGAAUUAUCAAUGCAGGAUCAGAACGGUGCUGGCUCUUACAAACGGCGUCGUCAACGCACUUUGAACAAUGGGAUCGUAAAGGAGCAACAACGGUUGGAAAUAAAGCGGAUUUUUAAUAACCCCGAAAACAAUCGACUCGGUUCGUUGUCUCCACCCCCGAGUCCAAUCUGGGAACCAACGUGCCCGACAAGUUCGUGUUAUCCAACGAGAAGUUGUCUCGCACCGAACGCCAGGACAUCCUCUACAGAUCACCAGACCGAACAUUGGCGAUCAUUUUUUGCCCAGCAAGAAGGUCUGCUCGACAUCGUCGCCCGGACCAUGAUUCUCGUUCGGCGCAACCACAUGCUGCAGAAACGGGUGGAUGCACUGCGUUCCGAAACCCGGGAGUUCAUCCGUUCGGUGAUGAGCAACCCUGAGAACAGCAGCAGCAAACCAGAAAAACCAGAAGUUUCCCAGUGCCUCGAUACCGCGGUCUCCUCAUCCUUCGAAGUCUCUUUAUCGAGGCCUACACCUCCGCCCACUCCGGACUCUUCAACCGGAUAUUCCACCCUGUCGGUACCGAGUAUGGACAAUGAUGGGGGCUCUGACUGUUCCUCGGACGAUUAUUACGAGGCCGCCCGAAAAGUUACUCAGGAUCCCAAAGUUUCAAGCUCAUAAGAUGGAUCAUGAUCAUCAUUGUCCCGUUACAUCGUCUGAACUAAUUAUCUCGCGUCUCUAAUAUCCCAUGUAAGGUCUCUGCAAGAGAAACCGCGCUGUGUACUCGGUCUCGCCGGCGAGUCGUGUAAUUCAAUAUUAUAUCAUAUUAUACUAUACUACAUUAUAUUAUAUUCAUAACGUUAUAUGUAUGACUCGAAGUGAGGUGCGAUCAUAGUUAAGGUCGUGAGGUCUCGUUAUAACGAGAGUUCAACGGGUUUCGUGUUACACGCCUUUAAACUAGCCUCCAUAAUUUUUGAACGCAUAAACGUGUCAUACAUAUAGGUAUAUUUUAUUCGCAACUCGUAUAUCUGCAGUUCGAUUUGUGGACAUAAAAAUGCCUCGAGAACGAAUAUAUGCCUUGUGAUUAUAUAACGAAGUCUAAGCGCGCCGGUUCAACUUCCUGGAAUUUUAUUAUAGUUAUUUCGUUUGCACCUAUGUAACAAUUAUGAAACGAUAAUUAUAUGCUUGUAUGUCAAUAUCAAAAUCCAAUUUGUCAGCAUAUUAUGAAAAUACUGGCAACUAGAAUCCGUCGAUUGCGAUCAGAUUCCAGCCAAUUCGAUACGUCUGUAAAUGCAAUCUUGAAAUCCAGUGAAAACCCAUAUAUGUAUACUAGACGGAUAUACUAUAGGCAUAUAAAUAUUGUACAUUUUACCGAAAUAUGCGCAUUGCAAUUUCUACUAGUAAAUAUGUAUAGCAAUCUUCACAGAUAACAUGGUCCUCUUUAGAUGCCUAUGUUUUCCAUAGCUUUUUUAUACUUACACGGCUUUAGGAUAUAACGUAUAGAAUUGCACUGGAGAUUGGCCAAUAAUAAUUCAUUAAAAUCUAUGGAUUCUCCCAAGGGAGACGCGUUCGAUUACAUGACUCCGAUAAUAAUAAAAUAAAUAAAUAUGAUGAGUAAUAGAUUUCGUUGAUGAAUAAUAAUAUCAAUAACAGUAAUAAUAAUGAUGAUAAUAUCAGGUGCAAAAAGCAAUGUAGGACUCUGUAAACUUGACUGUAUACAUACAUACAUACAUACAUUAUAGAUACAGUAGAAAUACACGUGUACUUUGUGAUUGUGCGAUAAUCAUACAUACGUAUAGUACUUUAGGAGAUAAGAUCUAUUUCUCAUUGGCACUCAAUCGAACAUAUGUGAUAUGAAAAAAUCGACU